AUGGUGGACUCUACCACAGUUGAGACCAAGUUCGACAUCACCCUUGCUCAAAUCUACCAGUGGAAUCCCAGUGUUGGCUCUACAUGUACCAGUCUAUGGAUGGGAGAAGCAUACUGUGUUAAGGGCCCGUCGUCAACCAUCAGGGCCACCCGCACGACAACGAGUGCUCCCACCCAGACGGGAAUUGCGUCCAGCUGCAAUGAGGAUUAUACCAAGGUGGCUGAUGAUUCGUGCGCCAAGUUCGAAACCACCUAUGAUAUCGAAAAUGCAGAGCUAUGA